GCGAGCUUUGCUAUUCGCCGUUCCAGGAUACAAACAGAAGGUUAGCCGAGCCGUCAGCGAGUCAUCUUUCACCAGGGAAAGGGAUUAUCUGCACCAUAGCUGUGGAUCUAUACUGUUGUGUUAUGAGAAGAGAACACUUGCUGUGUUUUGCUGUGUUAAGACUGUGACCAAACACCAUGGCGGCGGCUCCUCAUCUCAGGCGGUCGGAUUCGGCUCAGGGGGAAUUCUCUCCUCUCAAGCGCUUCGUUGUGGCCAAGAAGAAGAUCAGCGACGUGUUUGAACAACUGCUGAACUACGUGAAGGAGACCUCGGAGUUUGUGGAAGAAACCUGUGGGAAUAAAGCAUUGGAGAAUAUUGCGAGUCACGAUCAAAUGUCUGAGAUUCAGGGAUACGCUGACAAACUGGCUGUCAUUAAGGAGGUGCUGGCACGCAGGCACAUGAAAGUGGCGUUUUUUGGCAGGACCAGUAACGGUAAAAGCACGGUGGUCAACGCCAUGCUGAGGGACCGCGUGCUGCCCAGCGGGAUCGGCCACACCACUAACUGCUUCCUUAGUGUAGAGGGAACUGACGAUGACAAGGCCUACCUCAAGACCGAGGGCUCGGAUGAGGAGAAGAGCAUCAAGACCGUAAACCAGCUGGCUCACGCUCUCCACAUGGACGAGAGUCUGGACGCCGGCUGCCUCGUCCGUGUGUUUUGGCCGAAGACCAAGUGUGCUCUGCUUCGAGACGACCUGGUGCUUGUGGACAGCCCGGGGACAGAUGUCACGACACAACUGGACAGCUGGAUUGACAAAUUUUGCCUGGAUGCCGAUGUCUUUGUGCUGGUGGCCAACUCUGAAUCCACACUUAUGAACACGGAAAAGCACUUUUUCCACAAAGUGAACGAACGCCUGUCGAAGCCCAACAUCUUCAUCCUCAACAACCGCUGGGACGCCUCAGCAAACGAACCCGAGUACAUGGAGGAUGUGAGGAAGCAGCACACGGACCGAUGUGUGAACUUCCUGGUGGAGGAGCUGAAGGUGGUGGACCGCGAUCAGGCACCCGACCGCAUCUUCUUCGUCUCCGCCAAAGAGGUGCUCAACUCCCGCAUGCAACGUGCACAGGGGAUGCCUGAAUCAGGUGGAGCCCUGGCUGAGGGCUUCCAUGAAAGGAUGAAGGAAUUCCAAUGCUUUGAGAGGAGGUUUGAGGAGUGUAUCUCGCAGUCAGCAGUGAAAACAAAGUUUGAGCAGCACACGAUCAGGGCCAAGCUGAUCGCAGAAAAGGUCAAGAGCAUCAUGGACGCCAUCAACAUCGAGGCGGCGGAGAAGAGAGUGGCGGCUCUGGAGGAUCGAGAGUACCAGAUGGACCGGCUGGAGUUUGUCAAGAAUCAGCUGAACUUGCUGAUCGACGAUAUAAAGAAGAAGAUCAAGGCCAUCAGUGAGGAGGUGGAAUCUAAGGUUUCCUCUGCCAUGGGAGAAGAGAUCUGCCGCCUCCACGUGAUCGUUGAUGAGUUCCACAGUGACUUCCACCCCUCGUCUAAUGUCCUGAAGAUCUACAAGUCUGAGCUGCUGGCCCACGUGGAGGAGGGGAUGGGCAAGAACCUGGCCUUCCGCUGCUCCGACGCGGUCCACGCUUCAGUGCAGUCGUCUCAGAGAUACAUGAUGGAGAGCAUGCUGCCCCUGCUUCCCUCUGUGGCCCAGAGCCAGGUCCAGAUGCUGGUGCCCAGCAGGAAGUUUGACCUGAGUUACGACUUGAACUGCGCCACACUUUGCAGCGACUUCCAGGAAAACAUUGAGUUCCAGUUUUCGCUGGGCUGGACGGUGUUGGUCCACCGCUUCCUGGGAUCUGUCAACGCGCAGAGAGCACUCAACCUGGUGGACCAGAAGCUCCAGGGCUCCCGGCCGGCGCUGCCCAUGGCGCUCACGCCCUCCUCGGGACCCCCGUCCAUUACGGCGCCGCCAAACAACGGGACGGCAGUCAUGAGCCAAGAGGACAUGAUGGUAGCCGUGGCGACUAACGUGGCAUCCCUCACCUCCCGCACUUCAAUGAGCGUCCUCGUUGUCGGCGGAGUGGUGUGGAAAACCGUUGGGUGGCGGCUGAUCGCUCUGUCGGGCUCACUGUAUGGCUUGCUCUACCUUUACGAGAGACUCACCUGGACCACGAAGGCAAAGGAGCGAACUCUGAAGCGGCAGUUUGUGGACUACGCGACAGACAAGCUGCAGCUCAUAGUCAGCUUUACCAGUUCAAACUGCAGCCACCAGGUCCAACAGGAGAUGGCGGCGACCUUUGCUCGUCUCUGCCAGCAGGUGGGCCAGACGCAGAAAGAGCUCGAGGCUGAAAUCCGCCGACUGACAGCCACGAUAGAUCAGCUGGAGACCGUGCAGAGCCACUCCAAGAGCCUGCGACAUAAGGCCACAAACCUGGAGAAACAGUUGGAGGAGUUCACCAACCAGUACCUGAAUCCUCCGCAGUGAGCGGUGCCCUCCCCCACGCCGCCGCUCCUCGGUCUGGUUCUCAUGGUCGUUCUCUCCUGCGGCAGCUUCUGUGAGGACGGUCGUGCUGGAAGGAUACGUAGAUUGAAAGAACUCUGUAGGUGUUUUGAGAAUAUGAAAAGGUUUGUCAGACAAGAACACCAAACGUCUGGAGCUCCUCCAGUGCGAAAGAUUUGGUCAUUUGUAAAAUUGUAUAUGAAGAUAUUUAGUUGGGUUUUUUGGUCUUGUCAAACCAAAUAGUCAACUUGUUUUUGUUUUUUGUAGAUGAAUCAGUUAAUCAAAAAUGUAUUGAUCAAUUGAAUAAAUCAAAAAAUAAUCUGUAAUUUCACUUUUAAUGGAUGGAAGAGAGUGAACUCGACAGUAUUUCCUCCCCCCUCCACUGCCAACUUUGAACUUCAGAUGCUCGAGAAACUGCAGUGAACCAACUGCAAAACCAAACCGCAACGUGGACUCGUUGACUAUCAGAAUCUCGGUGGGCGUGAAAUCUCGCGGCCGGGUGCUAUAUUUUGACACUAUUGUGCUUCGAACUGUGAAUAUGCCUUUUUUGACUAACUUUUUGUGAAGCAAAGUUUUGAGUGUGUGCAAUACUGUACAUGGAUCUUUCCGAGCACAUGAUCUGUUGUGUUGGCAACAGAACAUAAAUAUCUUUAAUAACAAGAGAACAUCUUCUCCUUAACUGUAAGGACCUGGUAAAAGUUAACUGAGUGAGAGAAAUCAUUCGAGGAAAAAGGGAAAGCAUGUCUUUCGCAUACUGUUCAUGUUCUAUUUUCUAAAUAUCCAAACUGUAUAGAUCAAAAGCUUUGGAAAACCUCUUAUUUUAUAAUACGCUCCUUUAUUUAUAAUCUUUAGGCUUAAAAUUACAACAGUCCACAUUGUAAAAAUGUAUUUUUUCCUGAAUGCGUCUUGAAAUACCUCCAGAUUUGCCUGAUUGUAUUAAAUAGAUCUAAAAAUGA